AGGAGAGGAGUGGACGCGCGCGCGUUUGCUCCGACAGAAAGAGAGAGCGAGCGUCAUCGUCGUCGUCGUCGUCGUCGUCGUCGUCGAUCGAUUUCGACUCGCCGAGUCGGAGGUCGGAAAAUCGCGGCGAGGCUGCUGGCGUCGCGAGCAUCGUCGCGGUGGUACACCAGUGACAUUUGCGGUGCGGUGCUAUCGACGAAACAAAUUUGGCAACGCCGCGCAUCGACUGCCCUCGUACACAAACGCAUGCAUACACGUACCUAGAAGGGAACUUGGGGUGGCUGGCUGGUUGGCUGGCUGGCUGGCUGGUUGGCAGGCAGGCAGGCGGCAGGCUAGCGGGCAAGCAAACAGGACAGGCAGGCAAACAAGCAGGCCAGGCAGACGGCUUUCUUGUUCCGAGGACGGCGCUCCUAGUCGCGCCGUCUCUCUUUUCUACCUCCAUUGCGCUUACUCUUCCUUUCCCCCUCGUCUUCGGUCAAUUCAAUCGCGUUCUCGUUCUCUCCCUUUCUCUCUCCCUCUCUCUCUCUCUUUCGCACGGUUCACGCUGCACGUACCGUUGAGAGCCUCUCCCUUCCCCUGUCGCGCUCUUUCUCUGCCUCUCUACCCCCUCUCCUUCCCCUAACCUCGAGCGGCUUGGGCGAAUCCACUAGGCUUGCGAGGGGAGUUCGGCAGACCUCGGCUCUAGUCGGCCUCGAUCCGUAGAGUGCGUUGGACGCCGCGAGUCGAUCGCUCCGGUCCACGAAUAUUCGUCAUCCGGGCUCACCGUGCGUACGUCGUGGGGCCCGUGAGCGCCGUCGCGCGUUACCCGCGCGUAACCGCGGCCCGCGACAGUCCGUAUUGCGGCAGUUUUACGCCUUCAGCUUGGGACGCACUCGACCAGCGUAUAUUCGUACGACGGCCAUGUUUGGUGUUUACGACGUGAGGGGGAAUCGCUGACGUCACGCGGCGAGCGGGCCGAUCUCGCCCGAACGACGCGGCGACCACGGACGACAGCGGCGACGGCAGCAGGCAACAGUACCGACGACUCCGGGAAACGUGUGCGUCGUGCCGUCAUCACGCCGGAUAUCACGCGCAUUACACGGCGACGGACUGAGGAUCAGAGGACAUCUUCGCGCUCGUCCGGAAAAUCGGGAUUAAAGAUUCACACGACAGCCAUGGAACUAGGCGACAGAGUUUACGCCGCGGAACGCAUCACGAAGAAGAGGGAAAAGCGGGGCAAAAUUGAAUAUUUUGUCAAAUGGAAGGGAUGGAGCAAGAAAUAUAACACAUGGGAACCGGAAGAAAAUAUUUUAGACGUCAGAUUAAUCGAGCUGUAUGAGGAAAGCCAGAGAGGCGGAGAUGUAUCUACCAGAAGACCAAGGCGAAGGGAUACCAGAUAUAAUGAACAAGUAUUAGCUAAUCUGGUAGUCGAGGAAGAGCCCGGUGGAGAUGAAAGAGUAGGUGAAGACAGUCAAGACGAAUCGACAACAGGCAGCACUUCAGCGCCUCGUUUAAACCCAGUAGCUCCGGACGAAGAUACACUCCCGAGUUCCUUGGACGGUCACGAGUCUCCGACACCACCAGAAUUGGCGUCAACAUUUAGCGUCGAUUCUGACAGUUCCAACAGUAGUGUGGAUAUGCCACUGUUGCCCAGCAAAGGACUGGGUACAAAGAGGAAGGCGGAAGUUCUCAGCAAAGAAUCUGGCAAGAUUGGCGUGACAAUUACCACGAGCAAUCCCAACACUGGUAAUAGUAGUCCGCCGCCAAGCAAAGUUCCUCGGUUAUUGCCUUUGAAGAACAAUCCUACAACGCCAUCUUAUCACAGUCACAAAGUCAACGGUAGAAGGCCGUCGUCUUCUAGCGUAAAGUCGACGCCGGAAGAACCUCUUCCGGCGGUGCCAACGACACCGGCACCAGCAGUACAGGAUAAAAAGCGUCCUGAAGCUGACGUACCUCAUGGCCCACCGCCCUCUCUUCCACGUGCACCGCCGGCACCGCUGUCUCCCCAAAUAGAUACACCUCUAGAACAACCUUCAACGAAAAAGAGGCAUUUGUCAGAGCAGAAACAGGACAAAUCGAAUGGGGCAGUCACUGCUGACAAAGCGAACGGUCAUAAGUCACCAAGUCCGACAGAUUCUUACACCAACAACAAUAGGUUACCGACCGUCGUAAACGGACAUCAUAAUAAUAACAUUAACAAUAACAACAAUAACAAUAACAAUAAUACUUCGAGCGUCAAGCAGACCGAAAUUCCGAAAUCGGAAAUCUAUGCUCCGCUCACAAGCCCCAGCACAGAUUAUUGGCACGCGAGGAACCCAGUAGCAGAUCAAGUGUUUAUCACGGACGUUACUGUUAAUUUGAAAACUGUUACCAUCAGGGAAUGCAAGACUGAAAAAGGUUUCUUUCGGGAGAGAGAUCCCAAAGAAACCCUUUGAACCCUCGAGAAUGAUAUCUAUCAAUAGCCCUGCAUCGGGGAUAUCUACUCCGAAUUGUAUUGAAUUGUAAAUAAAUAUAAAUUAUUUUCACACACCGGAUAUUAAGUCAGGAUGUAAUCAUAGUAGCAAGCAAAUUUAAACUUUUCUAAUGAUUGAAAGAUGAAGAUGAUAUCAUAGUAUCGCGAAAAAAUUAAUAAUAAUCGAGCAUCGCGCAGAAAUCUAAUAUAAUGCAUUAAAAUCUCAAAAAAUUCGAAUAAAGUACAGUGAAACUAGAGUGAUCAGUAGUACAGGAUUUUUUUCUGCCAAAUUAAAAAUUUAAAGUCAUUUGCGAAAAAUACUUUUACUCAGAAUCUAUGUAAAUUUAUUAUAAAGAUAUUGUAAUAAUAUAUAUGAUGAAACGAAAAUACACGUCAUAAUUAUUAUUACAAUAUACAUUUGUAUAUUUCAAAACGCUUGAUAGAUUUUAACCACAUACAUGCUGAAGAUCUAGAUAACAUUAAUGGAUGCUACGUCUUCUAGUUGUUUUAAUUAUUUGCUUCUCUUAAAACUUUACUAAGAGGCUAUAGAUAAAACUUUUGUUUCUACUACGGGAUACAUAUGUGUAUUAUAUACGAGAUAGAAAAAAUAUUUUUCUAAUUCGUUUUUAGAAUAUCAAAACUAUAUCACGGAAAAGCGAUUCCAGAGGAAAAGAGGAAAACGUUUCGGAUUAUAUUAUUUUGAAAAAAAAAAUAGUUCUAAACUUUUGUAUAAUCUAUUUUUAUCCCACUAUGUAUCUAUUUUUUGCUAUGUCAGCAAUGAAAGGUGUAAAUUAGAUUUCGAAUGUGAGGAUGCCAGAGUAUAAGCAUUUCACUAAGAAUUUCGAAUGAUCACGAAAUGUCAUAUUUAAUUAACAUAGAAAGAUUGUGCCAAGAUAUUUCAGUUAGUUUUCGGUUUCGAUGCGUUAAACUAACUUGCGGUAUCAUUUGACAAGACAUACAUUACUUUGUAUUCGAUUUUGCGAUUUCCUUCAUUUGUAAUUAAAUAUUUUCAUUCGUUGCAGUAUAUUUGUUACAUAUAUCGACAGUAUGAUCAUUUCUAAUUUCUUAGUGAAACUAUAUUCGUACAUUUCGAUCAUUACAUACCGUAAAAAGAACAUCCCCUGUGCAUCAUGCGUUUUCGUAAUCCAGUGAUAUAGUCAAUAACAUUAUUCAAAAUUGGCAUAAAGAAUUUGGACCAAUUUUUCCCGUUAAUUUUAUCUAUUUUAUGCUAUUCUUUUUCUAUUGUACGACAGAAUUUUAAGACUACUUCAUGAUCGGCGAAAAAAGUUUUAUUUCCAAAUUGAGGAAACGGAAGACGCUAGCGUUACUUAAAAAGUUAUGAUCAAAAUGG